AUGAAGUUGUUACUGGUGCUGCUCGCGUUCGUGCCACUCCUGUGCGCCGAAGAUGGCCUCACAGAGGCCGUCACCGGCAGCACCACGUCCAUCGCGACCAUGGAGACGACGCGUGAGAGCACGACCGAGACUACUACAGAGACGACGACUGAGACCACUACCACAGAACUGACCACAGAGGAGUCGACGACAGAGUCAACAACCGAGUCGACACCCUUCGGGCACACUGAUGUGCCGGAGGCGACCACGCUGGACUUGGAGGAUUUCAUCGACGGUUUUGUGAAGGACUUGUCCAAACGAAUCGGACCGUCCAUUUCUGUCAUACUCUCGGACGAAAACAUCACCGAAGAAUGCUCCGGCGCUCUGCUCAAGGUGAUGCUUGGACUACGAAGCAAGUCUCCGUGGGCACUUUUCAUGCUGGAUUCGAACGCCAGACCUGCUCCCGGCACCUUGAACGGAGCGACGGGAUCGUACGGCGACUACGAGGAGUGCCUGGACGUGCACCAUCAGCCUUCCAACGGAGACGCAGCCAUCUUCGGCCAGUACUGCUCGCUCUUCAUGACUCUCCCACUCGGCUUCACUCGCAAGUCGGCCCAGAGGAUGCAGAAGGACGGUUACUUUAUGGGUCGCCGAGCACCAGACUUUUUCUCGUCAGAUGAACGAAGUUACUUCAAGGGUCAGCGGUUGGGCAUCUGCUUGCCACAGCUUUGCACGCUGGCAGACGUACGGCGCAUGGUUGGCCUGACACUUGACCCCUAUGGCUUCAAGUACCACGUCUCAGGUUGCGACUCCAUACUGAAUGAAGACAGGAACUGGAACUCUGUGCGAAUUGGCAUGGUGUCUUUCAUAGCGGUGCUCCUCUUCUUGGUGCUCUUGUCCACCGGGCUCGACCUCUUCCUGAAGAAAGACAGCCGUGCUCGUAGUGAAGAUUCACCGUGGAAAUACCUCAUGGCUUUUGCGGUGACAAUUAACACGAGAAAGCUUCUCAGCUGCAAAUUCAAAGAAGGUUCGGACAACCAGAUCUUGGCGAGUUUUGCCGGCAUCAAAGUGUUCAGCACAACGUGGGUCAUUCUCGGACACACUUACUUCAUCGUGGACAUCAGCGCUCUCCGCAGCUACUUCAAGGUUAUCGACGCCACAGAAGAGCCCUUCUUCACAUUGAUCGGAAACGCCUUCCCAAGUAUCGCAACGUUCUUCUUUAUUGGUGGAUUCCUGUUGUCCUUCAAUGUGCUGAAAAGAAUGAGGAAUCUCAGGGGUCAUUACCUCAUCGUCCUGUGGAUCAUGCUGAUUCGUCGUUACAUUCGGCUGACGCUGCCCGUGAUGUUCAUGGUGGGAUUAGGCUUCGUGCUGAGCAUGUGCAUACGUGGACCGGCCUUUUACGAGUUCCUGGGACACAACGACGAGCGCUGCUACGAAACCUGGUGGAUGGUGCUGCUGCACGUCAACAACUGGCAGUCCUUCCUCAACAUGUGCAACCCGUUUUACUGGUACAUCAGCGUUGACUGGCAACUCUACAUGGUAUUCUGUGCGAUACCCCUCAUCAUGAUCAGGAGGGAAAAGCUGGGCGUGUUCCUGCUGCUGGGCAGUACGGUGGCCACGGCCGCUUACGUCAUCUUCCAAACGUAUACGCUCGACUACCAGCCGCUGCCGCUCCUACUCUCGGACCCGAAUCAAGCGCGACCUUCCAACACGGUGGACUUCGUGUACAUUAAGCCGUUCACGCACGUCGGGUCCUACUGCAUCGGAAUCUUGUUUGGCCACCUGACCCUCAAGUACGAGCACGUCAAGAUUAGUAGGGUUGUCCAGGCCGCGCUGUGGAUGGCCUCGACAGCCGUGGCGCUGUGCGUGAUCAUGGUGCCGUACGAGUGGCAGAAGGGCAACUUCCCCAGCCAGCUGGAGGCUGGCCUCUACGCUGGCCUGCACCGCACCGCCUGGGCCGUGGCUGUCGGCUGGCUCAUUUUCGCCUGUGUCACGGGACGCGCAGGCUUCGUGAACAAGUUCCUAUCAUGGUCGUUCUUCGUACCACUAAGUAGGCUCUCGUUGGGCGCCUACCUGACCUCGGUCUUCAUCCUCGCCAUCCGUGUAACAUACCGGCGAGAGAUCGCUGAGUAUCACCACUUUCCCAUGGUGAUGCUGUUUUUCGGCACGACGAUGCUCAGCUACAUGGCGGCUUACGUGCUCUUCUUGCUGAUUGAGUGUCCAAUCGGCCUCAUCGAGAAGUACAUUUUCAUGUCCAAGGCCGUUGUGGAGCGACACUCUGAGAACAACGCUCAAACGAACGGCGCCUUCAACGGCUCUGUCGAAAAGAUGACGCCGGCAGAAAAGGAGAAGCGAUUUGUCGUCGAGCGCUUCUGAGGGUAGAUUGCGCUAGGAUUUGAGAAUACUUAGAUAUCAGAUGGCUUGUGGCGGCGUUGAGAAUCGUGCAAAUCUCAGAAGAGCCUUUACAUGGGAAUGUGGAGCAAAAGCUAUUUAACGAAAGCGUCCGCCAUGAAGGCACUUCUGUGACCCCAGGUACCGGAAAUAUAUGAGGCCGCGAUCGAGGCUCGUCAGUCCAUGCCGGUUAUAAAACCUGGGCUAAUAGGACGAAAAGGUUGCCGAUUACACAUGGCGUUGAUAAAGAAAAAAAGGUGACGCCUUAUCUUUGCCGUUAAAAAGUAUCCAGCAGAAAGUUCCUUUUUCGCUCAUAGAUAAAAGCUUUAUUUGUUACGCCGGAGAAAUACGCAAAUAACGCCAGAGGUAGUCGCGCUGCAUACUUUUUCAGCUUCUCAAAUAGCAUUGUUAAUCAGUGCCGCGUACGUGUUGCCGCCUCUCGUGUUGCCCUUCUUUAACGCAAUUUUUCACUGUUAUCUAAAUGCUGGCAAUAUCGAUCUGCGCGAAACGUAUGAUAAAAGUGCUUAAUGGACCAUGCUUCCCGAACAGACUUGAGAAGUGUGAUUCCGGUGCAAUCGGCAUUUUGCGUCAAUAUUUGUUCCUCGAGGCAAGUGUACAUAGAAGGGAGAAAAAGGGAGGAACAAAACUCCGUGGGAGCUCGCGCCUGGCGUUUGCAGGGGACCCUCGAUUCGCGGGAAUGCACCCCAUUUACGAUUGACAUUGUGAUACGAUUCACACUCCUGAAACGGAGGGACGUAAGGAGUGGUUUAUCGUGGCGCUCUACAUUCGAAUGUCGUUGAAUUGAGCGCCGGCUGUGACCCGAGCUCAUACAGAAGCAAAGUGGUUCUUUUGUCGCUUUAGCCCACAUUCAACGGCAUUCCCUUACCGCGGAAACUCGCGGGUUUACUGCUUUAUUCACUCGCACACUGCCAGUUUCGUACAGCCUCGCUGGAGCACCUAGGGCGAGUCGCGAUGUCAGAAACUUACUACUUUACUGGGGCUGUACUGGGCCUCGUAAAAUCACUGCUACCUCUUCGCCUCGGUGACGUGCUAAGGCUCCAUGAGGUGACGAGUGAAUUUAGAUGUGCGUGCGCGACAGGUUGUCGCAAGCAUUUGUUUUCUCAACGCCCCUCCCAAGCGACCGGGCACCUACCUGGAAAGGUGCCUUCUUUGUCUUCAUGAAGACAGUUAUACUUGUGAUUAUUCUAGUUAAAUGGCAUCGAUAAAUCAAACACGUCAUUGACAUCAUCAAGAAGGACGCAACACAAGCACUUCCAUUUCAAAUAUAUAGGAUCUAUUCACCAAAUAAAUGUUUUAUCAUCCUCGUU